AUGACGGAAAAUUCGAAUUUUCGUCAAACAACGGACUCGAUUGAGGCUAACGAAACUGUUGAACCCUUCGUUAGGAUAGAACCGGUCUCCUCUACCAAUCUGGUGAACAUGCGAGUGCAAAAAAAUCAAGCUAAUAGAGCUUCAUUUUCUCUACAUCCUCCACGUUCCUCGCCGACUUUCGAUGAACACACUCGACUCUUUCUCAAUCGUUCUUCUUCUAGAAAGAAGCGGUUAGUCGGUAAAAAUGGAUCUCUCAAAGUGUUGGCCAGAAAUGUACCGGGGAAAACCAAGUUGUACUUCGCCGAUUUGUUUACUACAGUGAUCGAUCUUCACUGGCCUUGGGUAAUUUUGAUAUUCUGUGGUUCGUACGUCUUGUCAUGGCUGUUGUUUGCCCUGCUUUGGUGGCUGAUUAUCGCAAUUAGGGGACCUUCGGUUUGUGUCACGGAGGUGUAUGAUUGGUCUUCUGCUUUCCUGUUUUCCAUUGAAACGGAACAAACCAUUGGUUAUGGAAGCAGAGCAAUUACAACCAAGUGUCCAGAGGCUGCCAUUGUGUUACAGAUACAAUCCUUGAUUGGUUUGAUUUUGGACGCUUUUUUACUUGGUUUGACUUUUGCUAAGCUAUCCCAGCCUCGUGAACGCAUGAAGACUGUGAUGUUCUCAGAGAAUGCAGUGAUUGCGCCCAGGGAUGGGAAACUGUGUUUGAUGUUCAGGGUUGGAGAUAUUCGCAAAAGCCAAAUUGUUGAUGCUUCGAUAAGAAUGCAAUUAUUUCGGAAGUGGACAACCUCUGAAGGAAAAGAAAUCCCUUUUUAUCAGGAGGAUCUUAGAGUGUGCUAUGACUGGCAAAACCCUGCAAACGACUUCAGGAAUGAGUUGUUUCUUUUGCUUCCUAUGGUGAUAAUUCAUGUCAUUGAUGAAAAAAGUCCCUUUUUUGAGAUUACACCUGAUCAGCUUAAGGAAUCAGAUUAUGAGAUUGUUGUAGUUUUGGAUGGAAUAGUUGAACAUACGGGAAUGAACACCCAGCCCAAGACAUCAUAUACCAGUGAUGAAAUCUUGUGGGGUUAUGACUUUCUGAAUGUCAUUGGUCAAGACUUUAUUGAAAAUGGCAAAUACUUUGUAGAUUUUUCCAAGUUUAAUGAGAUCCGCAAUGUUGAAAUGCAAUUGUGCUCUCCCAAAGAAUUUUAUGAAAUGCAGCAUUAAAUUUGUGCUUUUUAUUAGGAUAAUGCUGAGUCUCUUAGCCAUAACCAAGUUUGAGAAUACUAAACAAAAUUGCUUCACCAGGGAAUGUUGCUGCGGCAUGUUGCAUUGAUCCAAACGCACCAUUGUUAAAAAGUUAUGGUGCAUAAUGCAGAGAGGUUUUUGAAAGCAAUUUACCUCGUCAACAAAGAGAGAGCUGUGAUUGUGUAGUCUGAUUGUCAGGGUGAGUGUAGUCCUGAGAAGGACUGUUGUUGGUAGUGGUGACUGACAUUUUGACAACCUGAGCGGAAGUCAAUUUCAGAGUCAAGAGAAUAGUUGUUGUCAGUUGGAUGUUCUACGCCCAGUUGGCUGAUGAAGAGAGUUUAUAUUUAACAAAAAGCAGUCACUAUUAACACCUUCUUUAGAUUAUAUGAUGGAUGAGAUAAGACAAAAUAUUUAUCUAUCAAACCAUGGGGAAUUAAUCUGCAAGUGGGAUUUUCUUGCUUAUCUAAAUUGAUCUUCCCCUUGUUUAUAAAUGAUGAUUUGGAGAAGUUUUGCCCUUGAGAGUCAAAAAACUGAAACCAAAGUUAUCACAUAUGCCAAUCAGAGAAAGAUUGACAUCAUUAUUGACAGUAAGAACUAAAAGUAAAAACUGGCAAACUGCUUGAAAUGCACUAAACAAUAGAGACCAAGCAGAAAUUAGAGUUAGUUUUACAUCUAAUUGGCUGGUUGGUCAAGGCACAUGCAAAAUAGUACAAGAGAAAACUAAUACAAUUCAUAAUUAUUAUGUAGAAUUUCUACCUUGAAAAUAUUGAAGAAAAAAUCUUGAAACUUGAGAAUUAUACUCCUCUUUGGUCUAUCCCUAAGUAAUGGGUAGCGAAGCCUGUUAGACUCAAGCAAGUGAACAAAACAAUUGUGCAAGAGUUGUGUCUGGAUGUGGCAGAACCUAUGUGAACCUUCACUGCUUGUUGGCCUGAAAUACACUUACUUUGAUCCUUGUCAUGUAAAUGUAGGAUAUAUAUGUAAGACAAUAAGGCCUUCCACUGAAGAAUGGAAAGGUGUUCUUUAUGCAUAGUAGAUCAGAAAAAUUGACUGGCUACUACUCAGGAUUCUCUGGCUAAAUUGUGAUGACCUAAGUUGUUAUUUUCAAGACCUGGAAAAAAUUAUCCUGUUACUUAU